CGCAAGCAAACAACCCACUAGUAUUAUUUUCAUCUCCCACUCUUCCCAUUUUUAAUUACACUACAAAACCCAAAAACCCUUGAUCCAAAACCCGAAAGUCCAAUUCAUUUCCUCCUCCCGUAGCCACCGCCUACCUCCACUGCUCCAGCCAAGUCCGGUCAUCCUCAAAUACUCACCACCGCGUCCCAUAUACUCUCCUCCCCCCUCUCCACUCCCCGUUUCCUACUUAAAACUCCAAAUCCCAAAGGGUUUGAAUAUGUUGGAAGACUAGGUAAGUUCACCCGUCAGCCUCCACGGUAUGCAUCCGAAAAGAAUCUGAAUUCGUCUCCGUUAGUCUUGAUGCUCCCUGAAAAAACUCAAUGGUGAACAAGGCAUGGAGAAUAAUCCCAAGGUCCCUUCUUGAAACUGUCCUCAACAACCAUGCUCAACACCACCGUGUACCUCAACCCCUUAUCCUUCACGGCCCUCGUGGCGUCGGCAAAACCACCCUCAUUCUCGAACGUCUCAUGGGUAAAUGGAACAGUGGCCCUCAUAUCACAGGCUACAUAGACUUUGCUGAAUCUGUGAAAGAUCAUCACCCAAUUCAUGGACAAUCAUUUCCAUGGGGUUCUUGGUCCAACUGUUCACCGCCUUCGUUGCCUUUUCUUACAACGCAACUUGAAACCUGUCUUGAAUCAAUGACCCGCAAGGGUAUUAAGCUUGGAACUAUAAGUUCUCAUCAGAUAUUUGCUGUUUUAAGUAAAUGGCAUGGGAUCAGUACAGCACUUAAACAGAUCCUAAAUGGUAGUAAUUUCAACCCCAGAAAGGCUGUUUCAGUUGGGAAUAAUUCGGUAUUGAAUUUAUGGGAAAGAGCUGUUUUUGCAUCAAGUGUUCGGUUAAAUGCCCAAGAGAGUGGUGGGUUGAGUUUGGAGGAAGAAACAUAUUAUAGGGAAGCAACAUCAGCUCUGAAUUUGGCUAAAGAGGUUAUAAGGGUGCAGCAAAAGUGGAGUGCUAAAGCAAUCAAGCAUUUGAAUCAAACUGGCGGGUUUUCGAGGUCGUUGGCAAAUUCAGCAACUGAUUGGCCCUGUUUGUUAUUGGAACUCCUUUCAUCUGCUGCUGAAAUAGAUUAUUUUCAGCCGAAGCUGGUCAUAAACAAUAUUGAAGUUCUAAAGAAUGCAAUGCGGACGGAUGAUUCUACAGUCUGUGCAUCCAUGUAUCAUGAUAGUCUUAUAUGGAGAAUAAUAGCCUUGGGUGCAAAUGAGAGGUCUCUUCCAGUUAUUCUUGUAACAUCUGAUAGCUACUAUUCAUAUCGUGCCUACAUGGAUUUUGGAUUUCCGGACAUUUUCAUCUCACGUGAGACAUUUGGGUGGACUCCUGCAGAAGCUAAAAUGCAUAUGGUUGGUGACUAUUUUAGUCAGUCAGAGUGGAAUGUGAUUGUUGAGGUGGUAGGGCCGAAUCCAAGGCAUCUAUUUGAGAUUUAUGCUCUCAAGCUAAGUAAUUACUACCAAAAGGUCAUGAGUGAGAAGAGCAGUAAAUUUGAAGAUAUCGUGGACGCGUACUUGGCAUAUCUUCAAGUAACAGUAGUUAAUCCUGCCAUGGAUAGAGCAUUGUCACUUCUACAGAAGUUUGCAGUUGAUGCACGAAAUGGAAGAAUUUUGAAGAACAAGCUAUGUUUUGGUGCUCCAUGGAGACACCCUCCGACUUCUGAUGAUCCUACUUUGUGUCGUCAAUGGGCUAAAAUUCAACUUAUGGAUUUUGUUCAGUGUCUUGUGAAUGCAGAAUUUGGGGUAAACUACCUAGCUGAUUGUAGUCUUGAAAUCUUUGAUGAUCCAUCUGCUAUUGCAUUAUUAGAGGUUGGUCUGCUGUAUUCACAACGGGAUCCAUCAUUCCUUCGACCUGUUUCUCGGGGUAUUCAGAGAUGCCUUGUUAGAUGGCUUGUUCAAGAGAGAAUCCAACUGCACUUAAAGAAUUCACUCCAGUAUCUUUGGCAGCGGGUGAUACGUGGACGCAGUUAUCGCCAUUUGAUGUUAGAAGUAGGAUACAAAUAGUUCAUCAAGGGCUAGGUGAAUUAAUUACUGUUGGUCAAGCAUUUUGAUGGAUAUAUCUUUAUCUAAGGUACUGUGGGGUCAAGCUCAUGGUUUACAAUGAUGAAGAUGUCCAUUGAUCAUUAAAUGAAUUAUUAAAACACCACAAUGACCAGCAAAGAUAAAGAGGCUUCGAGAAGAUUACGUUGCUUGAACGGGCAAACAGACAUGCAAACCAGUGAGGAGAACGACACAGAGGAGAUGUACAAUUCUCUCUCAAACAUGAUCAUGCCUCGACGAUCUUGAACACAAGGAAAUUCUUCUGUCCCAUCUGGGGACGAUGUUGAUGGGGAAUCAGUCGUUCUACUUCUUCUGCUUAGCGAUUGGACUUCGGGAUCAUCUAUUGGAUUGAAGUGAACAUCAGUUUGAUUGUCAAAAAGCGGCCGUCACAUAAUUUAAGAUACUGUAGCAUACAUAAUCGUAAGAUUGUUUCAAAGCUCAAGACAAGUCUGAAGGAAGAAGGAUUUUAGAAUAUUCCGUCGUACUUAUUUUGGACUAUAUCUCAGAAUAUCCCGUUGCAACUUUUCAAGAGCAGUUUGCUAGGUGUUUUACGUAAUAUUAUGUUUUCACAGUUUUUGUUUUUCACUGUUUUAUGUAUUAUAAGUCUUUUUUUUUUUGAAAUUCACUAGUUACUUGAAUGAUAUGUAUCACUAAAAUUUCAAUUUUUUUUUCGAUAAGGCAGAUGCUUGAAUUAUAUGAAUCAUUAGACAUUCACAA